ACACUCCAACAAGCACAACAAAGCAACCAAAGCAACAACACUACAGCACAAUAAUCAAUAUGCGCGCCUCAAUCAUCAUCGCACUUUCUUCCCUCAGCCUCACCGUCCUCGGCUGCACCAAAGUGACCAAGGUUACCCACACCUUUUACGGUUACCCAGAUAACGAUCCGGCUGGCCCAGCAACCGCUUACGACUGUGGCCGCGGCUUCAAAGCUGGUGGCACGGGCACCUACACCGAUCCCUUGACCUUUGCCUCUGCGCCUGGCGAGUUCACAAAGUGUGAAGUCAUCUACGACCCCUACACGCGCAAGUACCUUCGAUUUGAAGACUACUGCGCUCAGUGCACUACCGACUGGAGCGCCAGUCCGCGCAUCAACCACAUCGAUGUGUGGACCGGUAGCCCAACUGUGAACGGAGGACAGGAACAGAUCCAGUGUGAGAACGAUCUCACCCCCGGCGACAGGACCCAGACCAUCGUACGACAGCCGUCCGCCAAUCUUCCCGUUGACUCGACCAAACUUUACGUCAAGGGUGCCAGCCCGGCAUGCAGGACCAGCCACGUGUAUCAGAGCUACAACAUUGGCGAUUACUGCUAGACGGCAGCAGGGUAGAUAUGCGGGAAUAUGGCAGGGUGCAAGGCUUGUCUUGUGAUCGUGUAAACUUCACAGUCGUUUCCGUUUGAUAGUCGCUGUAUAUAGAAGUGUCCAAAAAUCAAAUAUCCAUCAAACUUAGUCA